AUGCCACCGGCUUCCCCGCCGCCGCCGCCGACGCCGUCUCGGACAUCUCCCAUGGCCUCCUCCCAACCUCUGCCGACCUCUCCCUCGGCGCUUCUCGCGCACCUCGCUGCCGCCCUCUCCACCCCGAACUGGUUCCUCCACCCCUCCCUGCCGCAUCUCCCUGCUCUCCUCGCCCCAUCCCUCCCCCAGAUGCUCGACGUCCCACUCCCGGUCCGCCUCGCCGCCGCCGCCGUCCGCGCCGCCGCGCCCUCCCGCCACCUCCUCGGCCUUUCCCUCCCCAUCCUCUUCCGCCUCCACUCGCUCUCCCCUCCGCCGCUCCGGCCCCUCUUCAGCCGCCCCUUCGGCUCUCUCCUCACCCACCUCUCCCGCUUCGCCCUCACCCCGCUCAUCCUCCGCCUCUUCGCGCACAUGCACCUCCACUCCCCGCCGGCCCCCACGGGCGCCACCUACAACGCCCUCAUCCGCUCCCUCUGCCGCAGGGCCGACCUCGCCCGCGCUCUCCGCUACCUCAGCCUCAUGCUCCGCUCUGGCUGGCAUCCCGACGCCUACACAUUCAACUCCUUGAUCCUGGGCUACUGUCGUGCUCACCGGCCUACCGCUGCUCGCGACCUGUUCCACAAAAUGCCCCUCAGAGGAUUUCGACACGACGUGGUAUCUUAUGCUGCGAUGAUUGAGGGGCUAUGCGAUAUGGGGAGGAUUGAUGAUGCGUUGGAGUUGUUCGGGGAGAUGGAGCAGCCAGAUAUUCAUACGCACGCAGUCUUGGUGAAGGGGUUGUGUGAAGCAGGGCGGGGGGAGGAGGGGCUCCGGAUGCUGCAGAGGACGAAACAAUUUGGGUGGCGGCCAGAUACUCGCGCUUAUGCAGCAGUGGUUGAUUUGUUGUGCCGGGAGCAAAGGGUCGUGGAGGCUGAGGAAAUGCUGGAGGAGAUGCUGGUGCCAUCCGUUGUUACGUGCACUGCGGUGGUCAAUGCGUAUUGUAACAAGGGGAGGAUGAGUGAUGCGGUGAGGGUGUUUGAGAAGAUGAAGCUGGGGUGGUGCAAGCCCAAUGUGUGGACAUACAAUGCGCUGGUGUCGGGGUUCUGCAAGGACGGGAAGGUGCACAGUGCAAUGGCUUUGUUGAACCGCAUGAGAGCACAUGGAGUACAACCAGAUAUUGUGACAUACAACUUGUUGAUUCGGGCCCAGUGUGUCGAUGGCCACAUAGAGAGCGCUUUCCGUCUACUUCGCUUGAUGGAAGGAGAUGGUUUAGCUGCUGAUGAGUACACUUACAAUGCUUUGGUGGAUGCUCUCUGCAAGGAUGGGAGAAUCGAUCAAGCUUGCUCCCUUUUUGACAGCCUUGAAGAUAAAGGCAUUAAACCUAAUCUGGUGACAUUUAAUUCAUUAAUAUACGGGUUAUGCAAAGCUGAUCAAGUUGAUGCUGCAUGCUCAUUACUGGAAAAGAUGGUCUCAGCAGGUUUCACACCAGAUACCUAUACAUACAGUCCAUUCAUAGAAAACCUGUGCAAGAGGAAGGGGUCAAAAGAAGGUCUGUCCUUUAUAGAUAAGAUGCUAAAAGAGAGAGUGAAGCCCACGACGGUCAAUUAUACCAUUGUAAUUGACAAGCUAUUCAAGGAGAGAAACUAUGGAUUGGCCAAGAAAAUCUGGGGUCAAAUGGUUUCACUAGGUUGUGAUCCUGAUGCAGUUACUUAUACUACAUCUAUGCGUGCUUACUGCAAUCAAGGAAGACUAAUUGAAGCAGAAAAGGUUUUGAGUGAGAUGAACAAAAGUGCGGUCACUGUAGAUACGAUUGCUUAUAACACUUUGAUGGAGGGGCAUGCAAGUAUCGGGCAGACAGAUUCUGCAGUCUCAAUCUUGAAGCACAUGGAAAAUGUUGCUUCUGUGCCAAAUCAGUUUACUUAUACCAUCUUGCUUAGACAUCUCUUACAAAGGAGACUAGCAGAGGGUGUGGUUUUGAAUGCAGCUAGUGUAUGGAAGACCACAGAGCUUACUGACAUCUUUGAAUUGUUUGAGAUAAUGAAGAAGAAUAAUAUUGUUCCUAGCACGAAUACUUAUUCUGCAAUCCUGGAGAGGUUCUCUGAAGAUGGAAGAUCGAAAGAGGUGACAUCAUUGGUUUCUCGUAUGAAAGAUGAUAAUAUAUCUUUGAAUGAGGACAUCUACACUGCUGUCAUAAUUUGCUUAUGCAAAUCAAAACUGUAUUCAUAUGCAUGGGUGUUGCUUCGCUCCAUGAUUGGCCAUGGUUUUGCACCACAACUGAUGUGCUAUCAGCACCUGCUUUGUGGGCUUAUUAGUGAAGGACAAGCUAAUAUGGCUAAAGUAAUAUUCGGAAACUCUAGGUGGGAGGACUACAAUCCUGAUGAAAUUGUGUGGAAAGUAAUCAUUGAUGGCCUGAUCAGAAAGGGCCAUCCAGCUUCAUGCCAUGACAUGAUAUCCAGAUUAGAGCAGAUGAACUGCAGACCAAGUAAUCGAACAUAUGCAAUGUUGGCAGAGGAAUUGUCUACCCGGGAAUAAUAUGCUG